GCCCGCCGGUCGGACUGGAAAGAUCUGACCCUCUGAGAUAGUCUGCCCUCAGCCACGAUGAACAACCUACCGGCCACACCUUCUCCUGAAGAACUGAUGACCACGCCGGUUUUUCAGGCCCCUGAGACAAUGUCCCCACAAGCUGAAGAGGCCAGCACAGCACUCAUUGCAGUUGUUAUAACCGUGGUGUUCCUUACCCUGCUCUCAGUGGUGACCUUGAUCUUCUUUUACCUGUACAAGAAUAAAGGCAGCUACGUCACCUAUGAGCCUGCAGAAGGGGAGCCCAGCGCCAUCCUCCAGAUGGAGACUGACUCAGCCAAGGGCAAAGAGAAGGAAGAGUACUUCAUCUAAUGAUCCCCAGACUGGAGGGGCCAGUUCCUGGCUCCAACACUGAGACACUGCCUCUGUAGUUAGGGAAUGUAAAGUGGAAUUGAGUGAUACAGGCAAAUUCACUCACCUCCCAGGACACAGCCCCCAAUACCGGCAUCACUGACUCCAGGCUCCAGAGACACGGAGAGAGCUGCUCAUGACGUUGGGCCUUGGUAAGGACAGGACAAAAACUGGCCAACAAAGUGGGGCUGUGCCCGAGUUGGAAGUGAGGUCACAGGCUGGUUGAUGUCCCCUCCCUAGUUGCCUAGCAAUAACCCCAGUGUAGCUAUCUAGUCUUCCUGGAGGCUGGAUACCACAAGAAGGGGUCAGGCCAGGGUGGAUAGGAGUCUGAGAAUGUUACUGUCUUUGUUUGAUCUGAGCCCCACCGUUCCCCCAACAGUCUUAAACUAACACUGUUUUUAUCCAAAUUAAACUUAUUAUAAAAGUAAGAUUUUCAUUUACAAGAACUAAAUUUUUCCUUGGUUUGCUUAAGCUUUGUACAGCAUUUUUCUCUUGCAUGUUUAACUCACCUGCUUGUGUUAUCUCAGUAAGAAAGUGUAAUGGAGUUCUGCAGGUCCUGGAACUAACUCAUCAGGAGCUGGGAAUGAGGACAGCCAGGAGGUUUGUCCCAAGAUGAACAUCACCCAAAACACAUGAAAAAUAAGUUGGUUUGUUCUUAAUCCUGGCAAGGACCACAAUCUCCCAGAUCCCGUGUAUGUAUGGACAGAGCCAAGAAAGACCUGGCCUUCAAUGCCAUUGUAAAGCUUUUCCCCUUGAGACAGGGUUUCUCCGUGGUGCCCCGCCUGUCCUGGAACUUGCUCUGUAGACCAGACUGGCCUCAAACUAACAGACCUGCCUACCUCUGCCUCCUGAGUGCUGGACUACAGUUGUGUGUGGGUCACCACAGCCAGCAUCACUUUCAUUUCUGAGUUUACAUUUUGAGUCCAGAAUCAUCUCUAGUGGAACUCAUGAGAGCAGUCAACCUAGACUGGCAGAGCUGCAUUUACUUCAAAGACAUAUUAAAGAAACCGCACGGGAGCACUGGUUUCUGGGUGGGAUGUAAAAGGCAUGACACAUGGAGAAAGCCUUCUGAGCACAUUCUAAGUAAAGAAUGCUGGAGUGAGGUG